UGCGCAGGGUGACAUCAGCCCCAAGGACCUGAGAUGCUGAGCCUGGCUCUGGGAAGGCAGCUCCUACCACCGCUUCCAGCUCUGCAUCCCCGGCAGGGCAGGGAGGGGAGAGGGAGCCGGCAGCCCAGCCCUGCGGCUGGACCCCGGGCCAGCUCCAUCUCCCCUCCUGUGCCUCCCCUCCAGCCACCUCGGGUCCCCCCAAGGACCGUGGUGGCCCCGCCCAGGUGCUACUGAGAGGCGGGUGACCGAGGAUGCUGUGCUAGGAGAUGCCGAUGGUGCUCACCUUGCUCGUCUCCCUCUAUAAACUGUGCCGGUUCUUCGCCAUGUCGGGUGCGGAGAGACUGGCAGUGCCUGAGUGUGUGAGCCAGGCAGGAAGCUGGACAGGCGGGGGCAGCUCCAGGGAGCACCGUGAGGUUUCCCCCGGGGUGAACACUGAUGUGCGGGCAGCCCUGGACCGGAUCCUUCCUGCCCUGCACCGGGCCAUCGCCCACGCCAAGCAGGCGGCUGGCCCAGCAGAGAUGAGGAGGGCCAUCGCCGAGGUCUUCCAGCUGGUGGAGGAAGCCUGGGGGAUGCCCAGGCUGGGGAGCCAGGCAGGAAAACUCCUGGAGCAGAUCCUGGUGGCAGAAAACAGGGAUCGGAUCGCUCGGAUCGGUCUGGGAGUGAUUCUGAACUUAGCCAAGGAGCGAGAUGUUCCCCAGCUGGCACAGAGCGUCUCUGGUAUCCUGGAGCACAUGUUCAAACACACUGAGGAGACCUGUUUCCAGCUCAUCUCUGAUGGAGGCCUGGAUGCUAUCCUCUACUGGUGCCGCUGGACGGACCCCAUUGUGCUGCGGCACUGUGCCAUGGCCUUGGCCAACUGUGCCAUGUACGGAGGGCAGGCCAACCAGCGCCUGAUGAUCGAGAAGAGGACGGCAGAGUGGCUUUUCCCACUGGUGUUCUCAAGAGACGAUGAACUAAUCCGCCUGCACGCAUGCCUGGCCAUUACGGUGCUGGCCACCAACAAAGAAAUCGAGAAGGAGGUAGAGCGCUCAGGGACGCUGGCUCUGGUGGAGCCGUUCAUCGCCUCGCUGGAUCCGGAGCAGUUUGCCUGUGAGAUGCUGGGCAGCAGUGACAACAGCCAGGGGAGGACAGCAGACGACCUGCAGCGGCUGGUACUCUUGCUGGACAGCUCACGGCUGGAAGCACAGUGCAUCGCUGCCUUCUACCUCUGCACAGAGGCUGCCAUCAAAACCAGGCAGAAGAAAACAAAGGUUUUCAGUGAGAUUGGGGCUACGCAGAGCCUGAAGAGGGUGGUGUGCUACUGCACCAGCAGCACCACCUCCUCCCUGGCCAAAAAGGUGCUGCGCAUGAUAGGGGAGGAGGUUCCUCGGCGCAUCCUGCCCACAGUUCCCAACUGGAAGCCCUGUGAGGUGCAGACAUGGCUGCAGCAGAUUGGAUUCAACAAAUACUGCCAGAGCUUCCUGGACCACCAGGUGGAUGGGGACAUUCUCCUGAGGCUGACAGAGGAGGAACUGCAGGAGGAUUUGGGGAUGGACUCCAGUAUCACUCGGAAAAGGUUCUUCCGGGAGCUGACAGAGCUAAAGACCUUCGCAAACUAUUCCACGUGUGACCGCAGCAACCUGGCCGACUGGCUGGGCAGCAUCGACCCCAAAUUUCGUCAGUACACGUACAACCUGCUGACGUGUGGCAUCAACCGCAACUUCUUGCACCGGGUGACGGAGCAGCAGCUGCAGGAGGACUGCCACAUCAAUAUGGGCUUCCACCGUGUCCGCAUCCUCACUGCUGCAAGGGAAAUGCUUCACUCCCCUAUAACGCUGCAAACUGCAUCCAAUGGGACUGAUGUAUUUAUCAGCUACCGGAGGAGCACCGGGUCGCAGCUGGCCAGCCUAUUGAAGGUCCAUCUGCAGCUGCAUGGCUUCAGCGUGUUCAUCGAUGUGGAGAAGCUGGAGGCAGGGAAGUUUGAGGACAAGCUGAUCCAGAGCGUCAUGAGUGCCCGUAAUUUUGUGCUGGUCCUCUCACCAAAUGCGUUGGAUAAAUGCAUGGGAGACCCUGAGUGCAAGGACUGGGUGCACAAGGAGAUUGUGACAGCCCUGAACUCUGGAAAGAACAUUGUACCUGUUACAGAUCAUUUUGAGUGGCCGGACCCAGAAACACUUCCCAAGGACAUGAGGGCUGUCCUGAAAUUUAAUGGUAUCAAGUGGUCCCACGAGUACCAGGAGGCCACAAUCGACAAAAUCAUCCGCUUUCUCCAGGGCCGUUCUUCCCGGGACUCCUCGGCUGGGUCAGAGAAUGGCCUGGACUGCUUGCCCUCCCUGGGGCAGACCUAG